AUGGCUACAGGAUGUCCCAACAAAAGUUAUUGUAUCCCCUCCAUCCAGUUUGAAGAAGAAAAGGCAAAGGAGAGAAAUGAGCCCUCUCCACUUCAUGAGGACACUAAUUCACCAAGAGAAAAUCUCCUCGAGCCUGAGCACAAGCAUCCGAGUCAACUGGCUAGAGUAGAUACUGUAACAGGGUUUUACAAGCCCUCACCCACUAUUGAGGAGGCAUUUUUAGCCUUCAAUGACAUCAAGAAGAUUCUUAGACCACCAAAGACGACUGGUGGCUACAAAGACCCUGAGCUUGACUCAGUCUUUCGUCGCUGA